AUGGACUCUUCCGGCCUGUUCAAAGACACUGAUGACUACGGUUUAGUGGCCACCGUCGGCAACCUUCGUUACCAGCGGUUCAAUCCCGCCUCCCAAAACCAGUUCCGCAUCAUCCUGAACCUCAUUGCUGACCAUCUCAGUGAGCCCUACUCCAUCUACGUCUACUGGUAUUUUCUAAAUACCUGGCCCCAAUACUGCUAUAUCACCAAGGAUCUGGCCGACACCGUCGUCGGCGUGAUCAUCUCCAAAAUCAACCUCCACCGGAACGUCCGGACCCGGGGCUACAUUGGAAUGUUGGUGAUUGAUCCCAUAUACCGCAAGAAGGGUAUCGCCAAAAAAUUGGUGCAGUUGACUAUAGACGCCAUGAUCGAGGCCGAUCACGUGGACGAGAUCAGCUUGGAGACCGAGGUCAUCAACAAGGGUGCUCUCCGGCUCUAUGAAAGCUUAGGGUUCAUGCGGGUGAAACGGUUGUAUAAAUACUACUUGAGCACCCACGAUGCGUUUCGUCUAAUUCUCCCGGUGAGCGACCGGGCCUUCAAGCGCAUCGCCUUCCUCGACCAGUUACCGGAGCCCGUCAGCACGUGA